UAAACCUCAGACCGCUGUAGGAAGCCCAACCAGACUGUAGCAAUAGAGAAGCCUGAGAGCCUGAAAAGAUGUCGGCCAUGUUCUGCGUCUCUGAAGAAGACCUCUCCUGCCCAGUGUGCUGGAACAUCUUCACGGAGCCUGUGGUCCUGCCUUGUAGCCACAGCUUCUGUAAGGAGUGCGUGCAGACGUACUGGGAGGGCAAAGACUCUCACAAUUGUCCAACAUGCAGGGCAGAGUCUCCUGAGGAUGAACCCCUCCCUGCCAGCCUGCUUCUAAAGAACCUUUGCAUGUCAGCGAAAAAGCAGAGAGACCGGAGGGAGGCCAAAGGAUCAGAGUUUAUAGGACUCUGUAACCACCACAAUGAAGAGAUUUCCCUGGUCUGCCUAGAGGAGUGCCAGCCUAUCUGUGUCUGGUGCCACACCAAUGGGGAGCAUAAGAAUCACGAGUGCCGUCCAAUCAAAGAGGUCGAGCUGGAACUUAAGGACAGCGUAUUGGAAGCAUUAGAGACUCUGCACAAGAAGCUGAUGACCUUCUGCAAAGCCGAACACUCCUGUGAUAAAACAGCACUGCAUAUACAUAGCCAGGCCAAGUACAUGACACUGCACAUUAAGAAGGAGUUCAGGACCCUUCAUAACUUUCUAUAUGAUGAGGAGGAAGCCAGGAUUUCUGCUGUGAUGAAAGAAGAGCAGUUGAAAAGUAACACUGAGAAAAAUAAGGCUGAGGAAUUUACCAGAGAGAUAAAAUCUCUUCAGGGUAAAAUCCUAGAAACUGAAGCGGAGAUGGAAAGUGGCACUCUACCAUUUCUGCAGAACUAUGAAGCCACAAUGAAAAGAGCCCAGUGCACCCUGCCAGAUCCAGAGUUGGUUCCAGGAGCUCUGAUGGAUGUGACCAGACACCUGGGCAAUCUCAAAUUCAGAGUUUGGGAAAAAAUGCAGAGCCUUGUAAAAUUCACUCCUGUGACAUUGGACCCCAACACAGCCAACAGUUGUCUCACCUUGUCUGAGGACCUGACCCACAUGUGGGUCCGCGAUGAGGCACGGUCGCUACCGGACAACCCAGAGAGGGAUGAAUACUACCAGUGUGCCCUGGGCUCCACAGGCUUCUGCUCAGGGAUGCACUCCUGGGAAGUGGUGGUCGGGGACAGUACUGUCUGGGCCUUGGGCGUGGCAUACCACACCACUUCAAGGAAAGGAAAGCCUGAUCUGAGUCCUGAGGGGGGGUUCUGGACAAUAGCUCUGUACGACGGGAUGUACACAGCGCAGACCACGCCCUCCACACCCCUCGCUAUCGAGGGGAAACCCAAAACGAUCGGAGUCCAUCUGAACUGGAAAGAGGGCGAGGUGACUUUCACUGACCUAAGCAACAACGCCCACAUGUACACUUUCAAACACACCUUCACUGAAAGGGUGUUCCCGUACUUUGCUCACGGCUGCAAAUCGAGCCCUCUGUAUUUACAACCUUCCGAGGUGUCUGUGGUUGUGGAAAGCCACAAGCAGUGUUAAAAUAAGCUGAGGUCAUUGGCCUAUCAUGGGGGACUUGGUUGUUUAGUAGACUAUAAGUCACACAAAAUGCUAGCCUCAUGGCCCUGGCCCCCUUACAGAAAGCUUUCACUACUGCUGUAAAGUCUUCCAUGUGUACAUCAAUAUUACACACAAUGGGGACAGUCACCAAAAGGUCUGACAUGUGGCCGUCCCUAGUUCCUUGCUGGGAUGGUAAUAAUACGUUUUCCCCAAUGCAUUCCUGAACAUAUAAGCAUUGAUUUGUUAAAAUGAACACUCAUUGACUUUCCUUGAAAUGGGACUCUACUUUGUUCUUUUUCUAGAUUUUUAUCAUUUUCCAUGAGUAAAACUAAGUACACUGUACUUACUAAUUUGGGAGAUGGGAGAUUGGGACAUAUAUUUUUAUAUUGUUUUUUGUUUGUUUGUUUUCUUUCUAUUUUGCCUUUUAGCAUUGCAAUAAAAUAUUUUUUUAACCUGGCGUUUUGGGUUUGGUGCCAAAUACAAUGGGUACUAUGUUACCUUUAUUGUAUUUCUAAAAAUUGACAACAAUGGUCCAAUCCUUGCAGAAUAUGAAGGUGUGCAGGCUUACAACCAACCAAUCAAUAAAUCAAUCAAUCGAAAAACUAGUUAUUCAACUAAAAAUUUCUUUGAUCCGUUCUUGGGCAAUAAGAAAACCAAGUGGACAAACACAACAUGUUAUAUUCGGUAAUGUAAGACCUUUCUAAUAGAAAGCCAGAGAGAAAGCCUACACUUUUAAGACAAAGCAGACCUUGGGUUGGACUAGCAUGUUACAGCUGGGGAAGAAGCUUAGGGAAACAUGGUACUAAAUUAAGCUUUGUGGAGGAAAAUCAUUUUUACAUCACAAUUGCCAGAAUUGAACACUUCUAAAAUUCAUCCAGAUAUUGAUUCUGACUGCUGGGCUUUAUCACAGAGUUUUUUUUUCUUCUUCUUUAUUCUAGGUGAGGAACUCAGUCAUAAGUGAAAACUGUUUCACUCUAUGUUCUUCCCUUUGGCUUUUGCAAUGUAAAAUCAUUCUGUUUGAGCGAUUAAGUGCCUUUGUUUGAGAUCUGUCAUAGUUAAAGAAAACAUGCAUGCCACCACUUCAUUUAUGCAAAGGCAGCCCAAGGUGAAAAAUGUUGUACAGUUCAUUGGGCUCCCAAUGCUCAACCCAUUCCCCCUUGUUGGCAAUCCCUCAACAUGGCACCUUCUGAGCUGUGUUCUCUUCUCUACCUGUCUGAAUGAAUGAAUGAAUGAAUAAAUAAAUAAAUAAAUAAAUAAAUAAAUAAAUAAAUAAAUAAAAAGGGUGCGCUGUGCUCUUUGAAGAACAAAAAGGAAUGAAGUUCUGCUUUUAUUUCAGUAAUACAGUGUCCAUAUGUGAUGCGAAGGUUUUUGGUACAACGUACCUAAGAACUUUAAGUGGUGAAUAAUUAUCAAUGUCAAUAUCAAGUUUUAUCAAUAUCAAGUUUUUAAAUAUGUUGCAGUUGACACCACUAGAUGGUGACAGUGAUCUGGUGUUUUGUACUACAUACAAUAAAGGGCAUUGCUUAAUUUUAAAUUGUUGGUUUUAACUCAGUUUUCACUUUAAAUAUUAAUUGUGGUCAUUAAUGACACUGGCGAACGAGCCUUUUAAAUAUUUCUGCAUUUGUGCCCCAGUAUACCGUCCCCUACUUGCAGCAUAACUACAAAUGUACAUGUUAACUGGCAGAUCCUAAAGGGUUAAAUAAGCCUGACAAUGGCUCCACCCCUAUAAGCAGCUGUGACGAGAAGUAGGAAGUGAAAGUUCGUAGAGUUUCUGAGGGUGCACUUGGAACUACGUUUAUGUGACGUAUUUGAUUAAAUGAUUAAUAAAAAAAAUCAACCAGGAAAUCGGAAUCGGUAAUUAAUAUUCGGUGAGAGAGAAGAAGAUAAAAAAUCUAAUGUUUGAGGGUCGUUAAUAAACGGA